GACGUCACCGUACCGAGGCGGGGCAGAGGGGCGGGCCUGGAGGUGCCGGAGCGAGGUGGUGCUGAUGCAGGAUGGCUGAGCGCGCCGGAGCCCGGGAGGUCUGAGCCGGGCUGGGAUUGCUCCCUAAGCAUCGCCUAGUCCGCCCGCCGCUUGGUCGCGGGCAGGUGGACCAGGGCGCAGGACCGGGCUGGAGGUCAGCAGCAGGGCGGCCCAGCUGCUCUCCUUCCCGGCGGCAGAGCUGCUGGGCGUCCGGCGCAGGCUUGCGAUGACCUGCUGAGAAGCUGCGGGAGGCGGCCUAGCAGCCGGCAGCGGUUGGCUCGCGGCCUCUUUGGUGGAGCUGCCCAGCCGGACCCCCUAUCCCAUCCCUGUGUCCCCUCCUGCCGCGGCCCGAGAUGGCGGAUCCAGCCGAAUGCAGCAUCAAAGUGAUGUGCCGGUUCCGGCCCCUCAACGAAGCUGAGAUCCUCCGCGGGGACAAAUUCAUCCCCAAAUUCAAAGGCGAGGAGACGGUGGUGAUCGGGCAAGGGAAGCCGUAUGUCUUUGACCGAGUUCUGCCGCCCAACACAACCCAGGAGCAGGUCUACAAUGCCUGUGCGAAGCAGAUUGUCAAAGAUGUCCUCGAGGGUUACAAUGGGACAAUUUUUGCAUACGGGCAGACUUCAUCAGGAAAAACUCAUACCAUGGAGGGGAAGCUGCACGAUCCUCAGCUUAUGGGUAUCAUACCCAGGAUCGCACACGAUAUUUUCGAUCACAUCUAUUCCAUGGAUGAGAACUUGGAGUUUCAUAUCAAGGUUUCCUAUUUUGAGAUCUACUUGGACAAAAUAAGGGACUUGCUUGACGUGUCCAAGACCAACUUGGCUGUUCAUGAAGACAAAAACAGAGUCCCCUAUGUAAAGGGGUGCACCGAGAGGUUUGUGUCAAGCCCGGAGGAGGUCAUGGAUGUGAUCGAUGAGGGCAAAGCAAACCGACAUGUGGCUGUGACAAACAUGAACGAACACAGCUCCAGGAGUCACAGUAUCUUCCUGAUUAACAUUAAACAAGAGAAUGUGGAGACUGAAAAAAAACUCAGCGGGAAGCUGUAUUUGGUUGAUUUGGCUGGGAGUGAAAAGGUCAGCAAAACUGGUGCCGAGGGAGCUGUUCUUGAUGAAGCUAAAAAUAUCAACAAGUCUUUGUCUGCUCUUGGAAAUGUGAUCUCUGCCUUGGCAGAAGGGACAAAAACACAUGUGCCAUACCGGGACAGCAAGAUGACUCGGAUUCUCCAGGACUCUCUGGGUGGGAACUGCAGGACCACCAUUGUCAUUUGCUGUUCUCCUUCAGUCUUCAAUGAGGCUGAGACCAAGUCCACGCUGAUGUUUGGACAGAGAGCAAAGACCAUCAAGAAUACAGUCUCUGUGAACUUGGAACUAACAGCAGAAGAAUGGAAGAAGAAAUAUGAAAAAGAGAAAGAGAAGAAUAAGGCCCUGAAGAGUGUCAUCCAGCAUCUGGAGGUGGAGCUGAACAGGUGGAGGAACGGGGAAGCUGUGCCUGAGGAUGAACAGAUCAGUGCCAAGGACCAGAAGAACCUGGAGCCCUGCGACAACACACCCAUCAUAGACAACAUCACACCUGUGGUUGACGGCAUCUCUGCUGAGAAAGAGAAGUAUGACGAGGAAAUCACCAGUCUGUACCGACAGCUGGAUGACAAGGACGAUGAAAUUAACCAGCAGAGCCAGCUGGCUGAAAAGCUGAAGCAACAGAUGUUGGAUCAGGACGAGCUUCUAGCUUCCACCAGAAGGGACUACGAGAAAAUCCAGGAGGAGCUGACCCGCCUCCAGAUUGAAAACGAGGCGGCUAAAGACGAGGUGAAGGAGGUCCUCCAGGCCCUGGAGGAGCUGGCUGUCAAUUACGACCAGAAGUCACAGGAAGUGGAGGACAAGACCCGGGCCAACGAGCAACUGACCGAUGAGCUGGCCCAGAAAACGACGACACUGACAACCACCCAGCGGGAGCUGAGUCAGCUACAGGAGCUUAGCAACCACCAGAAGAAGAGGGCCACGGAGAUCCUGAACCUGCUUCUCAAGGAUCUGGGCGAGAUAGGUGGAAUUAUCGGCACCAACGAUGUGAAGACCCUGGCAGAUGUGAAUGGAGUCAUCGAAGAGGAGUUCACCAUGGCCCGCCUGUACAUUAGCAAGAUGAAGUCGGAGGUCAAGUCUCUCGUGAACCGCAGCAAGCAGCUGGAGAGCGCCCAGACGGACUCCAACAGGAAGAUGAAUGCCAGCGAGCGGGAGCUGGCAGCUUGCCAGUUGCUUAUCUCGCAGCAUGAAGCCAAGAUCAAGUCUCUGACAGACUACAUGCAGAACAUGGAACAGAAGAGGCGGCAGCUGGAAGAGUCGCAGGACUCCCUCAGCGAGGAGCUGGCCAAGCUCCGGGCCCAAGAAAAAAUGCACGAAGUCAGUUUCCAAGAUAAGGAAAAGGAGCACCUGACGAGGCUGCAGGAUGCUGAGGAAGUGAAGAAGGCUCUGGAGCAGCAGAUGGAGAGUCACCGGGAAGCGCACCAAAAGCAGCUGUCCAGACUUCGUGAUGAGAUUGAGGAGAAGCAGAGAAUCAUUGAUGAGAUUCGGGAUUUGAAUCAGAAGCUGCAACUGGAACAGGAGAGGCUCAGCUCUGAUUAUAACAAGCUGAAAAUAGAGGACCAGGAGAGAGAAGUGAAGCUGGAGAAGCUCCUAUUGCUCAAUGACAAAAGAGAGCAAGCCAGGGAGGACCUCAAGGGACUGGAAGAGACUGUGUCCAGAGAACUCCAGACUCUUCACAACCUGCGCAAACUCUUCGUCCAGGACUUGACCACCCGGGUGAAAAAGAGUGUGGAGCUGGACAGCGACGAUGGAGGGGGUAGUGCCGCCCAGAAGCAGAAGAUCUCCUUCCUGGAGAACAACCUGGAGCAGCUUACCAAGGUGCACAAGCAGCUGGUCCGGGACAAUGCGGAUUUGCGCUGUGAACUCCCCAAGCUGGAGAAGAGGCUCCGUGCUACUGCAGAGCGUGUCAAGGCCUUGGAGAGUGCGCUCAAAGAGGCCAAGGAGAAUGCCAUGAGGGACCGAAAGCGCUACCAGCAGGAAGUGGAUCGCAUCAAGGAGGCUGUGCGGGCCAAGAACAUGGCCAGGAGGGCACAUUCGGCUCAGAUCGCCAAGCCCAUCCGCCCAGGACACUAUCCUGCAUCAUCUCCAACAGCCGUCCAUGCCGUCCGGGGAGGAGGUGGAUCUUCAAACUCCACUCACUACCAGAAGUAAAUGCAGAGUGAGUCCCUGCAGCCUGGGGUGUUUUCUCUUCACAGCAACCCCAGUGCUUAUGAGGCAUACCCCUCUUGCCGCUCUGAAACCCCACCCUGGCCUUCAGCCCUAUUAUCUAAUAGAGAUUAGUUCAGCUCUGUUCCAGGAAGAGGCCUGGGAUCCGGGUAAGAGAAAUCUGAGCCUAGCUUUGCGAGCACAUACAGCCAAAGGAUCCUCUCGCCAAGGGUCCCUGGGUUGGGGCAACCCUGAGCUAGGCCCGGCCUAAUCACCUCUCGGGUUGAUGAAUGCUUCCUCUGGGCUUUGGUCUGUGGGACUUCCCUCUGCAGCUGUAUCUACAAAUCGAGACAGAAGUAGGGGGUGGCUUUAAGUCUCAGGAACCAAUACAAAGAGCGGGUUAAGAGUCAUGUUUGUAUCCUUAUUGUGAGCCUUGGUAAGUGGGGUUUUGAGGAAUGUGUGGUUUAUGUUCGAGUGGGGAUAGACCGCUUUUUCUCUGAGACAGUGGUCUAUGAGCCCCAGUUCCUGAACUCAGAUGCUCAACAUUACUCUGACAGUCGAAGAGUGUCUGCUUCUGGGAGAGGAAAUGGGAGGGUUAAGCCUGUCCUUAGUAACUGAACAGAGAAAGAGAUUCCCAGUCAGGCUGGCAGUGGACAGCAGAGGGCCCAAAAGCUUGGCUCAGAAAACCUCAGACUUGGAGUGUGUAGAUGGGAGGGGAUGGUCACAAAGUGACUCCUGGGCUCUGAGCCCUCUCUAGGGAGGCUUGCUGACAGAGCAGGGGAAGAUCUAUCAAGAGAUGCCUUGGUGGUCAAGAGCAACUUAGGAUUACCUCAAUUUAUCCAGUGCUUUUCGAGUUGGUGUAUGAAGUGAAUGGUCCAACACCAUGAACAGGGCAUGAUGACAACAUUGCUAAGGCCCAGCUGAAGGCUUCUGGAAAGGUGUUUCCAUAGCUUUAUGUAAACAGCAAGGAAUUAGCCAAAGUCUGGUCAGGUGAGCAGGAAACAGAGGGCGGGCCUCGGCCAUCUGCAGUGGGGCAGCACAUUGGGAGUAUCACUGUAUCGCAAAUGAGUUAGUAAGCCACCUGUUCAUGUCCAAACUGUGCUUCCAGUCUGAAAUAAAAUCAAAUUGGAUAUUACUGAAUUGUUUUCGAUUGCACGUUGUCAGGACUGAGAAGUGGUCAUUUGGGGCAGUUUAGCAAAGAAAGAUCUCAAAUUCUUGUGGAGGCUGGAGGCAGAGAGCAGAGGGGUGUGCACUUAGUAUGUAUGGGACCUGGGUUCAGUACAGCACAACAGUAAUAAAGGUAUCAGCUUAGGUGGGUAAAAGUAUCAUCUUGGACAAUAGGCCAGGCUACUAGUGGAGCAGGGCCUACCUGGGCCUUUUUUUUUUUGUUUUGUUUUGUUUUGUUUUGUUUUUUUGUUUUUGUUUGUUUGUUUGUUUGUUUUUUCCAAGAAUGGCCAGUAGUUUUGAUAUCCAGCAGUAAUACCUGCUUCCUGUAGUAACCAGGGCUCAUAUACAAUUACAGUUUGUUUCUCAUGGGAAAGAAGUGUAAGGACUGGGUAUAGUUAGUAAGGUCCAUAGAGACCAUAGAAACUCACACUGUUAGACUCUUGUCCUCUGUAGACGCCUCCUUCCCUCCGGUCACCUCAUGGUCUCCAGAAUGACUUCUGCUAGACUUUCAGCCUCUUGCCUUCUUUCCAGGAGUUGUAUCCCAAGAGGAAGCCAGGGCGAGGCCAAGGCAGCUCUCCUGGCCACAGCAGCCUCCCUCAGAGUACCCAUGCAAAACUAAAGUCUACACCCCGUGCCUGCCUCAGAGCCCAUGGCCACAUAGGAGACUAGAAUCUAAAAGCAGCUUUAUUGGGGUACAUUGGUGCCCCAAAGGGAAUUGAUUUUAUGUCAUUGCGAGCAUCAUACCUGCAGUAAUUACCUAAUGGGGGAAAGAUCAAUACUGAUCCCUGGCUUUAGAAGAUUCAGUGUCACUGAGGUGUUAGAAAAAGCUUAGUUCCUAGAGACAGGAGCUCUAUACCUCAUGUCGGACCAGGAACCAGAGAAGGCAGCAGAAGGAAGGGCUAGGGAGAGGUUUCAAGGGCCGCACCUUUUAACAGUUCACAGUCUCUCUGAAUAGCAUUACCAAUGGAGGAACAAGUGUUUACAAACAUGAGCUAGGGGAAAGGGAUUUAGACUGCAACAGGAGUCACAUUGUUAGGAGAAUAAGGAUGCAUGGUGGGCUGGAUACUUAGCAGGCUGGGCAACAUGCAGUGUGUAGGUUGUCAUUUGGUGAAAGCACACUGUGAGUUCUGACCUCCCAACAAGUCCUGGGCCAGGGAUUCUCUCCUCCUGGGAUUCAGUAAAGCCCUGCCAAGCCCACUCAAGUCCAGGUUGACCUGGAACUCUGUAUGUAGCCCAGACUUCCUUUGAACUCACAACAGUCUUCCUGCCUGAGCCUCCCAAGUGUUGGAGUCACAGGUGCGAGCUACCACAGUGGAUGUAAAACUCACAUCUUGUGUAAGGUGUGCAUAACCAAAUGUUGAUCAUGUAUUACUGGUACGGCCUCUUAUACUGAAGAUUGAAAAGUCACAACUUCUCUGUCAAACACAGUAUGGUGCUCCAAACAUUUAAUCUGAAUAUUUGAGAUACAGAAACAGGAAUAUCAGAAAUUCACAGUCAUACUCAACUGUACAUUGAGUUCCAGACUAGCCUGACAUAUAGAAAGCCUUUUUUUAAAGAGAACAAAAAUCAGAACUGAGGAGAGUUUCAAAGCCUUGAAAGAAACAACUGUAAAAAUUUAUUUUUUUUCUCACUGAAUUGCAAGUGGUUUAUGAUGGCUUGAACUGAAGUUGAAGCUCCUUAAGCAUACUUUAUCCAUCCAGUUCCAGCUGGGUGCUUUCUGUGUACCUGAUAAGUUUCAGGGACUUCUUGAGGUUUGUGAAUUGUUCACAUUCUAAAUGCUAAUGAGCUUCCUUCCAGGAUGAAAUGUUUUAAUUCAGAGGAAAUUGCUACACAAUAUUCCAUGACUUCCUCUGGCUCGUAACAGUUCUUUCUAUAGUCUUUUUCUGUGAUGACCCUGAACCUCAAAGGAGAUGACCCAGAUGUCUGUCUAAGGCUAAGCAUUAAGCUACUAUACCACAGUGACGGUAUGGUGUCCUUAAGAGCUUUGCCAGAGUUUCUGAGUGCCAUCAUUUACAAAAGGGAGUUUCUCUCUAUGACCAACUUGUGAGAGCGACAGCGACCCACAGGUAAAUGCACAGACAUUUAGAAGGCAGUUUGACAGCCACAUCACAUCUGCUUAAUAAAACCAUGGCGGCUGUUUCCCACUCUGGCCUGUGAACAUCCCCAGCUCGGAUUUUUAUUGGCUCUUACAGCAGCAGAAGUGAAUUCUCCCCUGUAGAGUGGAGUUUAAAUCUAGUUGGAAAGCAGUUGGCCACACCCCAAGCCAUCUGUAGUCACAUCUUGCUUGGCGUUUUGAUAGUGUGGCAUGCAGGGUCCGUCCAGGACUGUUGGUGACAGUUCUCCCCCAGCAGCCUGCGCAUCGCCUUGCAGCAUCAUGAAAGCCAGACAGCAAGGGAGGAAGCCUCCAGUUCAGUCCCAACCCAGUUUCUCUGUUUUGUAAUCGAUGCAUGCACCCUGUUUGCCAGUCAGGGCUCACCAUGUAGUUCUGGCAUGGAGCCAACAGCAGAGGCAAUGGCCUUUGGAUGUUUUGGGGUGUGGGAAGGUGGAAUUCUCUGUAGCCAACAGCUCCUAGAGCGUUAGGCCACUGUUGUCACUAGAUUUUUCUCUGUGAUUCUGUAACAGUUCUUUGGCUUCUAGGAGUGUUGUCUUCUGCUUGUGCAGGAUGCUCCCAUGUUAGCUCAAGAGCUGCCUUAACUGUUCUCCCGCACGCUUGUAUAAAUCUGAAGACACCCGAGAGUUGGCACUCUAUAACGAAACCUUUCUACAGAGUGUGGUCAGAGCCUCUGGAAGGACCAUUGGCAUCCAUUUCAAGCAGUGCCAGUGGUCCUGAGCGGCUAAGGGCACACUAGAAAAGGAGCCUUAACACGAUCUGAUACAGCACGAAAAGAUCUCAUCCCAUUUAUAACUUACUUCUUCAAAAGUACAAUGUUAGAAGCUGGGCAUGGUGGUGCAUAUUUUCAAUCCCAGCACUCAGGAGGCAGAGGCUGGCAGAUCUCUGAGUUUGAUGCCAGAUUGGUCAGUGAGUUCUAGGACAGCCAGGGCAGUUUCACAGAGAAACUCUGUCUUAAGUAACAAACACACACAGUGUUAGGUAUAGUGGUGCGGAUGGGAGACACUAUCCCUUUAGUCCUCUGUAAUCUGUAGACAUUACCCUCGAGCCAUCCCGCCUCACACCCUGCUGUCACAGGGCUGCUGUUCAUCUCUUUACCUGUGCUGUUGUCGGUGUGGCCAACUUAGGGCUUAGUGCAGCAAAGGGUUGCACUCUGUGCCUGCUGCCUGAACCGGCUCCCAGGCUCCGAUAGGCUGCAGCAUGGCACUGUGACCCAUGCUGUGCCUCUCACCAGCCUGGACUAGGUAAUAUUUCUGCACCUUAGCACAUUAAUACCGUGUACUCCGCUCACCCCAGGUCUGUCUCUGUCAUUUAUUAUUUAACCUAUUAUUUAGCCUGAACUUUGCUCAGGCUCUGAAGGCUUUUAGAAGCCCAGUAGCACAGCAUUUGGCUAACACAAAUCUUGCUACCAUUCAUGCAAAUCCCCUCUCCAUUUUGCCUCCUUUUUUUCAUCGUCUCUGUUGAUUUCGCUGUUGUGUUUUAUGAACCCAGUUUACAUGUUGGCUGUGUUCAGAUCUUAGAGCCUCUCUUACAUCAUAAAGGUCACGUUGGAGCUCAGCAAAGCCACCAAAGCCCCCUGCUCUUCCUGGGGUCCCCGUUGAGUCAGUCUCUUUUUUAACUUUGGGUAAACAGGUCUGCCAGGCCCGGUGAGCCAGGCAUCAGCCCUCUCUCCCGAGCUGAUUCUCUCAGUGACUGACACCUGCCCUUUUGUCAUCUUCCAGUCCCUCAUGUUCAUGAGGACCUCACCUGUGAAAACCUUGAGUUCUAAUGGUUCCUGUGAGCCAAUCCAUCAGACGUUGGUUUCCCUCAUGUUGACAACUCUGGUUCCCAGC